AAUAGCACAUAUACGCACGUUUAAGCGCGCCUGAGGCUCGCUCGCUUGCCCGUGCGAAGUACAGGCUGCUGAUUGGUUAGAAUCGGGUUCAAACCCUACGUCAUUUUCCUGUGCCUGUACUGUCGCAUGCAGGUGAAAAAUUUGAACGAAGUGGCGCCUUCUCUAACAAAGAGGAAGGAGGACGACAAGAGUAAACAGCGGGGUAAGGAGAAGUCGGGCUCCACGAAGGACGGGGCUGACAAAGACCGCGGAAGAGACAAAAACCGGUCCCGACGCAGCGCGUCCAGCGGCAGCAGCAGGUCCAGCUCCAGCUCCAGCAGCAGCUCCGGCUCCAGUUCCGGCUCGUCCAGCGGCUCCAGCUCCUCCGCCUCCAGCCACUCGGGCUCCUCCAGCUCCCACUCCUCGUCCUCCUCAUCCUCCUCCUCCUCGCCAAGCCCCAGCCGGCAGCGCCACAACAACAGACGACGCUCACGCUCAAAGUAUGGAACCAGUGGAGCUUUGGAGGAGGGUCGAAAUAAAGGUAAAUGUCUCAGUAGGUCAAAAUCGGCGAAGAAGGACGACAGGGAACGGCGCCGCAGGAGCCCCACACCUAAACCGACCAAGGUCUACCUGGGUCGGCUGACCAGGAACGUCAUAAAGGAACACGUCCAGGAGAUUUUCUCCACUUACGGCAAGAUCAAGAUGAUCGACAUGCCCAUGAACCGUCUGCACCCUCACCUUUCCAAAGGCUACGCUUACGUGGAGUUUGAGAGCCCGGACGAGGCGGAGAAGGCCCUGAAGCACAUGGACGGAGGUCAGAUCGACGGCCAGGAAAUCACGGUCACGGCGGUGCUGGCUCCCACAGUACGGCCCCCGCCCCGCCGGCUGUCCCCGCCCCGAAGGAUGCCCCCACCUCCCCCGAUGUGGAGGAGGACCCCACCCAGAAUGAGGAGAAGAUCUCGCUCUCCUCGGAGACGCUCUCCCGUGCGGCGCAGAUCCCGAUCGCCAGGCCGCCGCCGCCACCGCUCCCGCUCCAGUUCCAACUCCUCCCGCUAGAGCCGGCCCCCCCCCUUUUACACAAACACACCCUUGAUGUUGUCUUAGUGGUCUCGUGUGGAAGAUUUGGUUUCUAAUUGAUGAAAGGAGCAUUCAUUAUUUUAGCUUCUAGCUACCGGACACGGUUUGGUGGAGUAAAACUCGUUUUAUAUUGUAGGUUUACUUGGCUUUAAUUUUGUUUUAUGUAGAUGUGUACAGCACCAGUACUCGCUUAUUAUAUCUGGUAAGGAAAAAAAUAUUAUUUUUAUUUUUGUAAAAUUGGCUCAAAAAAAGGUGUAAUUGGUUUUAUUAAAGCAAAACAAUAUCUCAGUGUAUGAAGCAAAAGUAUUUGUUUGUAACAGCAUGUGUUUUGUUUGGUCCCCCCCCCACUUACUUUAUCUGACAAUACAAUAUAAAAAUCCCAUGAAAUGUGAAGUUAUUAAGUAACUAUUAUUAUAUUAUUAAUUAUUAAAACAGACUCGGACGAAUCCAGAUACUUUUUGGGGUCAUUUCUUUCAAGAGAUGUGGCUUUUUUUUUGUUUUUUUGUUUUUCUUUGAAUCUCCAGUUUCUGUUGGAAGUCAUUUGGUUGGUUUUUGUGGGACCCCUGCUGUAGGAAGUGAAAGAGGCUGGUCAGGGAAGACCCCGCUGUGCAUCAGGUCCACGUGGAGCUCUUAUUUAUUCAUUUGCCUCGGAUUUCUAGUGUUCCACAUCUAGGCAACUUUGCGGAACUCGACAAUUCUCUCUUUUUAUUUUUUUUACAAAUGUAUUCUUAAACUGUGUAAAUAGGCCAAAAAGCAGCAUUUCCCAGCUGCCACCACUAAGCUUUUGGACUACAGCAAUGAUUUAUCAUCUCUUAAACAUCUUAUUUCAUCAACCUACCAGUACAGCAUGGUUCUGUUAUUCUUAAAUUGUGUCAUAUUUAUCAUAUUUCAGAUUUUUCUUCUCUGGAACGUCAGUAUAGCUGCUGAAAAAUGAAAAACUCUACAAAGGGAACAGGAAGUGGUCUUUCAGAAUCAAUGGCAUUUCAGCCUGAUUUUGUUGGGAGUGUGAUCAUCGGACAAGAUGAUUCAUCCCAAACAGAUGAGGGAGUGAAUAAUGCUCUUUUAUUGAUAAUUUUGUGGUCAAAGUUGUGUGGAAUGGGUGUCGUUUCCUUGCUUUUUGUUAGUCAUGUGCCUUUAGUGUCAAGUCAUCUCGCUAAUAUUC